AAUGAAUAAAUAACUGAUUUUUAUAUUGUAAUUUGAAAACAAUUUAUUGUAUAAUAAUUAUCAACAAAAAAAUGUAUAAAUCGAUGCAUUUUCUGGUUUUUCUUUUAGUUUUAUUUGCAGUUUAUACUCAAUCUAGACAUAUAAGAAGACAUUCAAAAAAUAAACAUGGUCAAAAUAAUGUUAAUCAAUAUGGUCAAAUUAAACAUGGUGUUAAUGGUGAUGGUCAUAUUGAUCAUGAAGUAAAUGGUGAUGGUCAAAUUGAAAAUCAAGUAAAUGGUGAUGGUCAAAUUGAACAUGAAGUAAAUGGUGAUGGUCAAAUUGAUCAUGAAGUAAAUGGUGAUGGUCAAAUUGAAAAUCAAGUAAAUGGUGAUGGUCAAAUUGAACAUGAAGUAAAUGGUGAUGGUCAAAUUGAAAAUCAAGUAAAUGGUGAUGGUCAAAUUGAACAUGGUGUUAAUGGUGAUGGUCAUAUUGAACAUGACGAAACUUGUGAUGAUCAAGUUGAACAUGGAGUUAAUGGUGAUGGUCAAUUUGGAAUCGGUAAUGGAGAAGCCCCAGGUAUGGUAGCACCAGGUAUGGUAGUCCCUGGUAUGGUAGCCCCUGGUAUGUUAGCCCCUGGUAUGUUUGCCCCUGGUAUGGUAGCUCCAGGUAUGAUAGUCCCUGGUAUGGUAGCCCCUGGUAUGGUAGCCCCAGGUAUGGUAAUCCCUGAUAUGGUAUCCCCUGGUAUGGUAACUCCAGGUAUGGUAGCUCCAGGUAUGGUAGCUCCAGGUAUGGUAGCUCCAGGUAUGGUAGCCCCAGGUAUGGUAGCCCCUGGUAUGGUAGCCCCAGCUCCAGGACCGAUGGGAGACUAUUAUGGUCCCGACUAUUAUAACUAUAAUAAUGGUAUGGAUUAUAACAUGGAUUACAAUCCAUAUGAACAAUCAGAUUAUGGUUAUGGAUAUUGAUUUGGCAAAUAAAUAUAAUAAAAUAUAUUAUUAU